AUGUCUGCAGCGGCCUUGGAUCGUCAGAUACGUCCCAUCUACGAGGCGUUGGACACCGGCUCGAACAAGUCUGCCAUUGUGGCUUGCAACAAGCUUCUCAAGAAGCAUCCGCAAAAUGAGCUCAUAAAGUCUCUUAAGGCUCUUGCUCUCAUCCGUUCUCAAAAAGUCGAAGAAUCUCUCGUCUUGUGUGAUGAAGUCCUGGAAUUGAAACCAACGAACGAUGCUGUACUGACUGCCAUGAUGCAUGUCCUCCGUGGACUUGGCCGGCAUAAUGACAUGGUCACGAUGUUCGAGGAGGCAUACAAGAAGCAGCCUACAAACGAGGAGCUGGGUGCACAAACGUUCUUCGCGAACGUGCGGGCUAGUCAUUGGAAGUCGGCUCAUCAAAUUGCAACUCGAAUGUACAAGCAAUUCCAAGAGGACAGAUACUUGUAUUGGAGUGUAAUCAGUGCAAUCCUCCAGGCCAAAGAUAUCAGCACCCCAUCGAACAUGCGCGUCAUUCUCUUCAAAUUGGCACACCGGUUAAUCACUUCCUCACCGACACCAAGCUAUGUCAACGCCGAUCGCUUCCAUCUGCACCUAUCCAUCCUUCGUGAAUUAGAGUUAUACGAUGAAACCGAGAAACUACUGGAUAGUGACGUGGGGAAGAGUAUCUGUGCCACCAAUUUGUCGUGUAAUGAAAUUCGUCGGGAUAUUUGGAAGAGGCAAGGGCGGGUCCAACAUGCAGGGGAGCUUGCUGAGCAAUUGAUCCUCGAAAACAAAGAUCGGAACUGGCUCGAGUUCCUUGCGGUUAUCGACGCCACGUUACUUUCCCAACCCUCUGGAGUAGCUUCAUCCUCAGAAAAUAAAAUAAAACACGCGGAGGAGUUGUUCACAAAAGUGGCUGAAAUCGAUGGAUUGAAAGAUCGGUCCGGUCUUCUGGCCCUUAUUGAGCUAGAAAAGAGAUCACGAACCCUCGGACUGUCCAAAGACUCAACGCAUCUACUGAAGUUGUUGAAGGAAUACUUUGAGAAGUUCGGCGAUAAAGCAUGCUGUUUCGAAGAUCUAAAACCAUAUGUUAUCCUAGAAGAUGGCCUGGACGAGUUGACUUCGUUCCUCGAAGCAGUUCCCACCUCGUUUAUGACCGUUUCGGAGCUGCGUCGGCUCAUCAAUGCCUUCAAAUUCCGGCGCUACAGCUUAUCUUCGUCACAAGUUUCGGCAGAGACAGAGUUGCAACGCGUGGCUGAGUAUAUACGGUACUACUUCGAAGGUCUUCCCCUUGGUGCAGGCCUUGCUUCGACAGAGCUGCAACCGGCUGACGACCUGAUACUGUUGGCCGGAAAUGCAUUAAUCAACCUGUGGAAGCUGACAGGAAACAAUUAUCACCUCUUCAAUGCAGUGUAUCUCCUAGAAUUUGCACUCACCAAGAGCAAGCAAUCUUUCCUGACCAGGUUGAUCUUGAUUCGGAUAUACCGGUUACUCGGAGCUCCAUCGCUUGCACUGGAUCAUUACAGAGCAAUGCAGAUCAAGCAAGUUCAACACGACACGCUUUCGCACCUCAUCCUCUCCCGGUCCUCAACAUUUUCCCUCGCAUCGACGGGUGAUUUGACCUUGGCCUCGGAAUGCUUAGAAUCAACCCAGAUUUACCUCAGCAAUUCACAAGAAACUGGUGACUACAUUGUUCGAGCAUUCACGGGUGAAAAAUACUCUCAAAUCCCCGAGUUCCUCACCUUCGAGGAUUGGCUAGACAACUCCCUGCAACGAGAUAUUGUGAAGAUGGAACACCUCCGUAUGCGUCUUACCCACGAACAAAUCGUAUCAGACGUUAUCGACAUGGAGCUCAUUGAACUGAAGUUCAUCUUUGACCGAACUCAUUACGACAACCGGGAUUUCAAGAUUCUUCCCAACUACCAACCGCUGUCGUCGCCAGGUCUGAACGAGCAAACCCUGCUCUUUGGCAAAAACGAAGGGAACGGCUGGUUGUCGACGUUCCUCAAAGUGUACAUUCGGGCUCUUCAACAAGCGAGCGAUCUCGACGACACCGUAGAGGAAAAACUGCUAAUCGGGGAUCGCCCAAAACAGACAGCUGAUUUCGAUAAGAAACUGUCACUAAGAGAGCGCCUUUCACAGGAUAACCCGAAGGACCUGGAAGAGCUCACUCCAGAUGAAGUCAAAUUUGUGGAAUUUGCCAAAGCCCUCGCUGAUUGGCUGGAGCCAUACCACAAUUAUGCCCGACCUCCACCUGCUGUUGUACUCGCUGAGGCAGCGAAGCAAACCGAACUGAAGACCGGACAUCCGCUGAAGGGCGUUGAAAUCCCCCCACUACCGUUAAAUGGUAAUGGUCAUCAUAAAAAGGAUGAAGAGCCCCCUGCAGCCCAGGAGCCUCCUCGAGCUGUGGUUAAAUACUUCGAAGGUUUGACGACACGGCUGGAAGAAGCCAGGACACACUCCUUGCCAGUUGAACUUCUACAUGUGUCCACUCUUGCCCAAGAAGCCUUCCUUCUGCUCGUGACGGAAACCUUACGCUUCAAGUCUUCUUCCGUGGUGAAGGCCAACAAGCUCGGUGCUUUGGUUACCAGCUUCAAGGAACUGAAGACGGGAGCUGUCUCCGUUCUGACGGACAUUUCUGCGAGUUUGAUCCGGCGAGGUGAACUUGAGGGCUCUGUGGAGAGCUGGAAAGCACCCGUUGAAGCCUGCACCGGUGCGCUUGUACCUCUGCUCGACCAUGAUUUCCUUGUCUUGCACUCUAAAAAAAUUGCCGAGGCUCGUCGCAAGGUCUUGGACGGUGUUGCAAAAGGGAUCAGACGUCUCUGUACGCAGUACCCGUAA